CUGUCGAAAUCGUAUAUAACAAGUCCACCGAAGCUCAAAAAACUUCAAGAAAUUUCUGAAACUUCCGAAAACGAGAAACGAAAACUCGAAUUUGGAACCGGUUUCCUGUUUUUCGGAUAUUUUCGAGCGAUGAAUGCGGAGGGGAAUACGGAAGAGGAAGUGAAGAUGGAAGAGGGGAAAGAGAAUGUGGUGUUCAUGUGGGGGUAUCUGCCCGGAGCUCUGCCGCACAGGUCGCCGCUUCUGUCGCCGACGGUCGUGCGGGCGGCCGGAGCUGAGUACGCGUGGAAGGAUGUGUGCGGUGGCGGCUGCGGCUUCGCCAUGGCCAUUUCAGAACCUGGAAAGCUUAUUACAUGGGGAUCAACAGAUGAUCUGGGCCAAAGCUAUGUGACAUCUGGGAAGCAUGGGGAAAAUCCGGAACCUUUUCCUCUUCCAAAUGAUGCUUCUAUAGUAAAGGCGGCCGCGGGUUGGGCCCAUUGUGUUGCAGUCACAGAUAAUGGACGAGUUUACACAUGGGGAUGGAAAGAGUGUGUUCCAUCUGGGAGGGUCUUUGGGGAGCAAUCUAUGGGGUCAGACGGUGAAAAGGAUGCAUUUGAAAGGCAGAAUUCUUUUAUGACCGAGCAAGUUAGCCCUCACUGUCAUGGCUCACGAUCCACUGCCGCGGCAGUUUCUGCUAGUGAAGAAAGUACAAAGCGAAGAAAAUUAUCUUCAGCAAAACAAGCGGCUGAAUGUUCAUCAUCUGGUGAUGAACCUCCGUCAGCAUUGCCCUGUCUUGUGGCAUUGAAUCCGGGAGUUAGAAUAUCCAGUGUAGCUGCUGGAGGACGCCAUACUCUGGCAUUAUCAGAUAGAGGACAAGUGUGGGGAUGGGGCUAUGGAGGUGAAGGGCAGCUUGGUAUGGGCUCCCGCAUACGUAUGGUGUCCUCUCCUCAUCCUGUACCUUGCAUCGAGUCCUCUUAUGGAAAAGAUGGAUCUGCAGGACUGUCUAGAGGAACCAUGGGUUCAGACGGAUAUGGUCUUGGGGUUCCUGGGAAUUAUGUGAAGGGGAUUGCCUGUGGAGGGCGACAUAGUGUGGUAAUCACAGAUGCUGGAGCUGUACUUGCUUUUGGUUGGGGGCUGUAUGGACAGUGUGGGCAAGGAAGCACAAAUGAUGAAUUAAGCCCGACUUGUGUAUCUUCAUUACUGGGUAUCCGGAUAGAGGGUGUUGCUGCAGGACUGUGGCACACUGUCUGCAUUUCAGCUGAUGGUGAUGUUUAUGCAUUUGGCAGGAAUCAGUUUGGACAGCUGGGUACCGGAGCUGAUGAAGCUGAGAUUAUACCAAGACUUUUGGAUGCUCCAGUUCUGGAAAAUGUGAAUGCAAAGAUUGUUUCCUGUGGGGCGCGUCAUAGUACCAUAAUCACUGGAAACAGGAAACGACAGAUGGAGAAAGAAAUACGGAAAUUUGGUCAGCUCAUAAGAGCCUUCACAAGUCCUUAUAAAAUUCCAGAGUCUGUGUAUGGAAUCUAUGGAUCGACUAGAGGAUGGGAAAGUUUUCGCCUGGGGAUGGAACAAGUAUGGUCAGCUUGGCCUGGACGAUGUGAUCGACCGCAACAUUCCGGCUCAAGUCACAAUCGACGGAUGUGUGCCGAAAAAUGUGGCGUGCGGCUGGUGGCAUACCUUACUGCUUGCUGAACCUACUUGAGUUCUCCCAGUCCAAGGGCAAUGGUACAGUUUUGUUAGGUAGCCGUGUUCAAUGUUCAUGGAAGUCAGUAACUUAUUGGUUCCAUGUUCACACAGUAGUUUGGAACUGUAUAUACAUAUGUAUUUAUGUAUGUAUAUGCAUGUACUCAUUCUUUCACGGCGGACGUCCUCCACGAUUGGCGUAAUCUCGGGCACGGUUACGAUAUCGUAAUACGUAUCAGUUCCCAGAUGUACAACCAAGGCUGUGUGAAUUCUGUUUUAUCCAAUUGGAAGUGGCUGUGAUGUAAUCAAACGCCUUGAAAUGUUAUGUAAUCGUUCUUUAUUGUCUUAGGACUCUUGCAACUAUGUGGGGAAUGCUAUGGAAAUUUCCUUAAUUCAUUUUCUAGGAGAGAGACUUACAUGCAACCAGAACGCUGGUGAUGAUGUUUCAAACUUAUUAUGCACUGUCGUGUGUUUUACUUA